CCCUCAUACAUAAUGUACUCAUAUCCUGCGUUAUACUUUACAUCGUUAAUUUUGCCUAUCCUAAUUUGUCUUUCGUCGUCUGUUCCUCUAUUCCUUAUUUCGUCGUAUAAUCUCCUUCCUGCUGUUUUAUUAUUACCACUACCUCUACGCUCAAACCUACUCUCUGAUAAUACGCUUUUCUUUCUAUACUGUAUCUGUCCUGCUUAUUAUUCUCUCUUUUUCUCAGCCAGCAUUGUUCAAGCAGUCUGUUGUCUUCUAAAUUCUCCACUUUUUUCUCGUAUGUAGCUGCUCUUUCUUCCCAUCUAAUUUUCAUUUUCCACGUAUUCGUUUCUUGUGAGAUUAUAUAUCUCAGUGUGCUAAAAUCGAGUCUCAAAAUCCAUCUUAUGUAGUCCAUAUGUAUUUUUUCCAGUUCCCUCUUUUCCUCCCAUCCUCAAAUUUCCAUCCCGUACUCCAUGACGCUACGUACUAAGUAAUCAAUAAGCCUUCUUCUACGUUUAUAAUCGUUUUUGCACGCUCUUUUCCCUAAUCUCCAUGUUUUCUUAGCCGCUGUUUUUCCUUUCUUUUUUUAGUUCUGCUAUGUGAUCUUUAUAAUCCCCUUUCGCGUUGAACAUAAAACCUAAAUAUUUAAAAGUUGACACUUCUUCUAUUUCACUUUUACCCCAUACCUUUUUUUCUUUCUUACUGCCUUUAUCUUUAUUAAAAAUUAAAACCUUAUUUUUUCUAUGCUCAGUAUGAGAUUCCUUUCCUUCAAAAAUUUUUUCAGUAUAACCAUCAUUUCAAUAAGAGCCUCCCUGUUGUAUGCCAUUAGAACUAAGUCAUCCGCGUACGCAAGUGACCAAACCUUGGUUCUAUUAAAUUUUAUUCCCCCUUUGUUUUUAGUCUCGAACUCCUUUUCCAAACCUGCGAUGUACAGGCAGAAUAAAAGCGGACUAAGUACGCAGUCUUGCCUCAGCCCUUUAAGGUCCAAAAUCUUCCGAUAAAACCUCUCCCGCUCUCACUUUUAUUUUCGUUUCCGCAUAUAGUUCUUUUAAUUUUCUUAUUAUGUUCCUACUUAUACCAAACUUUUCGAAAAUCAUCCCAAGAAUUUUUCGGUCCACCGUAUUGAACGCCGCUUUCAAGUCAACGAAUAACGCGUAUAUCUUUUCUUUCCUAUUCCUUGUCAUGCCAAUAAUAUGAUUCAGUAUGUAUAUGUUACCCGUUGUGGCCCUCCCUUUUCUAAAACCUGUUUGUCCCUCCAGUAAAAUCCCCAGAUCUUCCACUUCUUUUUCUAAACGUUUUCUUAUGAUUUCUGUGUAUAAUUUAUAAGCCGACGACAAAAGUGAUGUACCUCUAUAAUUUUGAGUAUUAUUGGGGUCGCCCUUUUUAUACAGCUGUACAACCAUGGCUGACCUCCAAUCUUCCGGAAUUCCCUGUCUUUCUCACACUUUUCCCAGUAUGCAUAUCAUUUUGUUUAUCAGACCCUUCGUGUAUUCACACCUCACUCGGUAUUCCAUCCGGGCCUGCAGCUUUUUUCUCUUUUAAUGUUACCCAUGCUUCUCUAAUUUCUUAGCUAGCGUAUUUGUUUUUCUUAGGUGAAAUGCCAAGAAAGAGGAAAGGAGUUCCUCCAUUAAGUGAUCGACAUAUUAGAAGGUUAUCGAAAAAAAACACUGAACACGAUUUACAGAUUAUUGAAUCUUUAAGCACUAAGCAUUCUCUUUUAAACUCUGAGACAAAUAUUGCUGCCAAUUCCUCAUGUAAUGUCGAAACGAUUCAACAAGACCUUGUUUCCGAAUCUACUGGGACGAAAAAAUGUAAAAGUAGCAAUGUGUCAAUUCCUGCCAAUACCUCAUCUGCUGAUAAAACACUUAAACAGGAUGCGUCGUGUUUCGAAUCUGCUGGGUCGCAAGUGAAUAGAACUGAAGGAUCUUAUAAUCUAGAUUUCAAUCCAGUGUCUGUACAUGUAGAUACCAACUGCUCAACAAGCACAUAUGAAUUCAAGUCUGGAUAUGAAGAUGUAAUUAACGAAUACUGUGUUGAUGCAAAUAACUCUGAUACAGACUCUAGCUUUUCUUCUGAUAUAUAUCGCUAUAGCGAUAACGAUGCUGAAAGUAUCCCGGAUUCAGAUAUGGAUGACUCGAUAGAUUUUGAUGUAAUGAUGCAUGAUUCUAUAGCUGAUAAUGAUACAAAAUUUCAUCAAGAAAUCAUCUGCUGGGCAAGGGAUUACAAAAUUAAACAUGGCCAUCUUAAACCAUUACUUGCUAUAUUAAAUAAGUAUACUGGUACAAAGUUUCCGAAAGAUCCGCGUACGCUUUUAAAAACACCAAGAAGUACUGAUGUUAUCGAAAUGGACAGUGGUCAAUAUUGUCAUUUAGGUGUAGCUAAUGCCAUCGAAAAAAUUAUUCAUGAUCGUAUUUCUCAAAAACAUGUUUUCAACACUAUAAAACUUUCAGUCAAUAUAGAUGGGGCUCCACUUGUUGGUAAUUCAUCCGAAAAAGGUCUGUGGAUUAUAUCAAUGAAAGACGUUGAAGUAGAAACUGUGUAUGCAGUUGGUAUUUACUAUGGGACUUCGAAACCGGUGGAUGCCAAUGUAUUUUUGAAAAGGACUAAAGAAGAAUUUACAGAUUUAAUAAGUAAUGGAUUUUUAUAUAACGGCAACGUAUACAAUGUAAGAUUAGAUCGACUUAUUUUGGAUGCUCCUGCUAAAUCUUUUAUUUUAUGUACAAAAGGACAUUCUGGUUACUACAGUUGCAGCAAGUGCACGAUCGAAGGUACGCAUAUAGCAUCAGUUUGUUUCCCCACAGAUAGCAUCGAAGAAUUGAGUAGAUACUGUAACGAUUUAUUAAGAACCGAUUCUAAAUUCAAAAUUAUGUUUUAUUCUGAUAAUUAUCAACACGGAGAAACUAUUUUGAAUGAGUUACCUUAUGUUGGUCUAGUAUCCAAUGUACCUUUAGAUGUCAUGCACUUGGUAUAUUUAGGUAUAAUGAAGCACAUGAUUAGACUCUGGGUAGGUGAUACCAAAAGUAAACGAAAAAUAUUCCGGCUUGCAAAUCAAUGCAUUGAAAAAAUUUCGGAAAGAUUAGAAGGUUUGAAAAACAUUUUACCAUUAGAAUUUAAUCGCCGUUCAAGAUCUUUGAAAUACUGGAAAAAGUGGAAGGCAACUGAAUUCCGACAUUUUUUGUUAUACUUUGGUCCAUCUAUAGUUAAAGAUGUCUUUCAUCCACAAGUGUAUGAGAACCUUUUAACACUUCAUGUAGUCAUGACUAUUCUAAAUAAUGAAAUAUUAGUUCGUAAACCAGAUAUCAUAAAAUACUGCCAAUCUCUAGCCAUGAAAUUUAUUUAUGGUUUCCAAAAAUUGUGUGGUAGCAGACAUGUUACGCAUAAUGUACACAAUUUCGGACAUUUAUGCAAAGACGUUGAACUGUUUGGCGUAGUAGAAACUUUUAGUGCAUUUCCAUUCGAAAAUUUCAUUUGUUCUCUGAAGAAAUUGAUAAGAAAAGGAGAGAGGCCGUUGCAGCAAAUUGCCAGAAGAUUAUCCGAAUACGCGUCGAUGAAGAAUUGGGCAAGUCGAUGUGCCGUUAAUACUAGUAAUUUUGUUGUUGAAAAAAUUACGUAUGUGGCUUUAGAUAUUAGUGGUCGACCAAAUACACGGUAUUAUAAAAUUUUAAAAGCGAACGCAUUUCAAAUUGAUGUCACAGACGAAAGAAAUAAUUGCGUCAUGGUUUCUAACGGUUCCAUAAUUGAGAUUAUCUCUGUUUCGAAAAGUAAUGGAAAUAUAUAUAUUACUGGAAAUAAAUGUGAUAUGUUAAGAGAUUUAUUUGUGAUGUCGGGACUCCGUAGCAGUGUAUUAGGCAUUAAAAUUGUACGACAAAGCAGUCAUCUGGAAGAGUGGGCUUGCAACGAAAUACAUGCUAAAAUAUUCAAAAUUCCGUGUACUGAAGGAUUCAUAACUUAUCCAUUAGUUCAUACGUUUAAAUAAUUAGUUUGUUUACAGCAUGAGAUUGAAGUAAACCGAACGAUAGUUUUCGACAAGAAUGUUGUCAUCUGUAGACUUAAUAAACUUGUAAGAAGCACCAAAUGAGCGAGAAAAUUCCCUUGUAUGGAUGAUGAAAACAUAAGUGAACUGUUACCACUCAUAUUUUCAGCCGAAAAUGAGAUAGAAAUAUUUCACUACAAAUAUACGGAUGAAACACAGAAUUAUUACCUCAUAUAUGGGUAUAUAUAGUUAAGUGUCUUUUUAAGGCCCUUAAUUACAAUUUUGGCUCGUGAUACAGAAAAUUUAAGCUUCUAUUGAGUACUUUACGAUAAAAAAAGUUUCAUUUCAAUAGCUUUAUUGGUACGCUUUGUACACGCCCAUGAAGAAGACUUCCAAUUUUCUAAUUUCCACACCGUCUGGACCCCUUAACAUAAAAGAAUUUACUAAUUGUUCGCGUGGUGUUCUUUUAAGUUUUCAUUCAAUCAAAGUUACUCUUACAAAAAAAAUAAUUCAAUUUUUUAUUAUUAUUAUUCAUUUAUAAUUAUGAAAAUUACAGAGGUCAAUUAUGACUCGCAAAUACGCUAUAGUCAUCGAUACCAAUGAUAAGAAAUUCGUUGUACCUAUUGGUUGGAUUUCUCUUGAUAAAACAUCCUUCGAUUAUCCUCCAAGUAACUACUCAAUCGCACAUAUUAAAAAGAUGAUCAUUGAAGAUGAUGAUGUUGAUGAGCACUUUAUUCAAAUACCUCUCAAAAAGAUAGUGAAAACGUGCCCUGACUAUAUUACAGCAGUACAGGAAAAAAGCAUGAAUGGUAUUGAAGUACUUACGGAUCCAAGUGAUACAGAAAAGUUAAAAAUAAGUAGGAAAAGACGAAACAAGAAAAUUGUAUCAAAUGAGUUUGUAGUACCUACGAAACGUCACAAUAUUGAACAAGUACGGUGUUCGAAAUCAGAUGCCAGUGACAAUAGUGACGAUGGUAGUUUACAAGAUCCUUUAGAAUUAGAGGAAUCUGCCUCUUUGGAACCAGUAAUACCAGACGAACUGAAUGUUUGUUCAGCUUCUCAGAAUACGUCGACAAUGUAUGAUAAGAACAAAGAGCCUAUUGUCAAUGAUUCGACCGAAGUUAUUAUGAAAGAUAAUGAAAAUACAGCGACGGAAAAUACACCGUCCUUGCAAAAAAUUUAUGAUGUACAGUUACUUAUACUUAAAAAAGUCAAUUAUAUAUCUUAGAAGCUAGAAAACAAUGGAAAAUUGUUAAAAAAUCAAAGAAGGCAUACUUCAUCAGAAUAAUUAUAUCUUGAUUAAAGAUUAGAGAAUAACAAAUGUUUCAAGAGUAUUUUCCAAUCGAUGCUAAUAAUGACAAUACAAAAAAAAGAUAAAAGAAGUCGAAGCAAAAUGACUAGAUAAGAAAUUUGCAAGGAUUGUGAUUUUUAGAGUACGACGCUGCAGUCGAGAAAAUCGAAUAUUAUUUCACAUAAAUCAUCUCCAAGAAGCGGGUGGUGCCAAUGCUCAUGAUCUGAUAUACAACAUGAUGCCAAGAAUAAUUACCGAUGAGGUUUUGCAAAGCUACAGCUUUUACGGAAGAAAAGGGAAAAAUUUAGAGAAAAAUAAAUGUUUCUCUGUCCUUUCCCUCUGUACAUGCAUUUACAUGGCUGUAAAGGCUUCAUUUUCUAAAACUACUGACGAUGACAUAAAAAAAUCAAUUUCAGGAUUUUUGGAUCAAGCAAGUACCAGAUUCAAACGUAGUCAGCAGCGGUCCAUGCACAAAUCGAAACCAUUUACGCCUCUACAAUUAACCGAUGAUACGGACGAUGAUCCUGAUUCAGCAUAGACAGCAACUCAUUCCAGUAUUAUGAAUAUUUUAUAUGUCAUGACUAUUUUAUUAAUAAAGCA